CAGCUACUUGCCGCUGCCUUUCUUAAAAAAUAGUUUCCUUUUGUUGUCUGAUUGUCAUCCUGACAGUGGCAUGCUAAACGACAGCGUUGGUAACAGGUUUUGAAACAACAGCUUGAAAAUGUGUGACCCAGACAGUGGUCCUGCGGCAAUAUCCGACAACGUUCUUAAAGAGGAAACGAACGAGAAGAAGGCCGAUGGUGAGACCGAGACGCUGUCAAAGAGGCAAAGAAAGAGACUACUGAGGCAUCAGCAAUGGGAAGAACAAAGAGACUUGCGCAAACAGAAGCGAAAGGAGAGAAAACAGAAGAGACGGCUGGAGAGACAGGCCCAGGCGGAGGAUGGCGCAGAAUGGAUCGGAAAGAAACGAUUUCGGAGGGAGGCUGAGCCCAGUUCUCUCAAACUAGUCGUAGACUGCAGCUUUGACAACCUUAUGGUGCUUAAGGAUGUGAAGAAACUUCACAAACAGAUCCAGAGAUGCUAUGCCGAAAACAGACGCGCCGCACACCCUGUGCAGUUUUACCUUACAAGCCAUGGAGGACAGUUGAAACAAAAUAUGGAUGAAAUUAACAAAGGCUGGGUAAACUGGAAGGACGUCCAUAUCACCGCCGAGCAUUUUCACGAAGUCCUGAAGAAGGAGGAGCUGGUCUACCUCACCUCCGACUCACCAAACGUCCUCCAGGAGCUGGAUGAGGCGAAAGCCUACGUCAUUGGAGGACUGGUGGAUCACAAUCACCACAAGGGGAUCUCUUUUGAACGCGCCAAAGAACUGGGAAUCGCUCACGCCCAGCUCCCGCUGGGCAGCUUUGUCAAGAUGAAUAGCCGCAAAGUACUCGCCGUUAAUCACGUUUUCGAGAUCAUUCUAGCGUACUUGGAAAAACGGGACUGGCAAGAAGCUUUCUUCACGGUUCUGCCCCAGAGAAAAGGAGCUACACCAGUCGGCCAAGAGGGCAAACUGGACCAAUCGGAGGAAGAGGACGAAAACGGGGAACAGGACUCGGACGGAGAUUUAGAAUCAAACGAGAAAGUUCUAGAAAAGCGCUGCGACGCACAGGAACAAACGGAUGCUAAACGGCGAGAACAAGCUGCUAGACUCGACAAGUCAGAAGACGCUUCCAAAGAACAGACUGUCGCAUAGACAGGCAAAUUCAGGCGUCUUUUUUUUGUUGUUGUUGUUUUGUUGUUGUUGUGUUUGCCAUAUACGUGAUUAC